GUCAGCAUUAAAAAGUGCUAACCUGCUCUUUGAGCAAUGAGUGAAAGAUUUUUAUAGAUUAAAUAUAGCGUCAUUUCUAAUACAUACAAGUAAUUUGAGGAUCUCAUGUAAUUAUUAUACAUUUAAAAUAGAGAUUAUACUUUUAAAUUAGUGCAUUUCUGAGUAGAUAGUGAGCGCCGGUGAAAUAGUGAUCAUGGCGAAUCCGUCAUCAGGCGUUGUGGUGCCGAGAAAUUUUCGUCUGCUAGAAGAACUUGAGCAAGGUCAGAAGGGAGUGGGCGAUGGCACGAUCUCUUGGGGUCUCGAAAGCGAUGAUGAUAUGACUCUCACUCAUUGGACUGGCAUGAUAAUUGGACCCCCUAGAACUCCUUAUGAAAAUAGGAUGUAUUCUCUUAAAAUAGAAUGUGGUACUAGAUACCCAGAUGAGCCUCCGACCGCUAGAUUUAUUUCUAGAAUCAACAUGAACUGUGUCAACAGUCAGACUGGACUUGUGGACAAUAGACAAGUCCCUAUUCUAGCAAGAUGGCAGCGUGACUAUACUAUCAAGACAGUGCUUCAAGAAUUGAGACGUCUUAUGACUCUUAAGGAAAACAUGAAGCUUUCCCAGCCUCCUGAGGGGAGCACUUUUUAAUGUUCUCAAACAUGUCUCAAUAACCCAAUCUACUCCAGAAUAUGCUGAACUAUAGCUACAUAACCAUAAGUCCCUCUAUCAUUGCCAUGUUUUGGUUUUCUACAAUAUUGGCAUAACCAAAUAUCGUGUAUGCUUUUAAGUUAACAUUAUGCAUUUAUUGUAUUCUAAUAUAUCUAGCAAAGCAAACUGUAUGCUUGGACCAUGUGGAUUGGGUAACAUGUGUAAUGUACAAGAUUCACUUCUAAAAUGGCUCAUCACCCACUUAGAGGGUAACACCCAAAUAUUUAUCACUACCUAAAUUAUUGUGGCCUUCAAAAAGUCAAACUUGCUUUUGUAUAAUUAGACCUAGAAUUACUGAUAUCUUGUUUUAGGUGAAUGGUGUAUAUGCCUAUAAUUUUAAACUCAUAAUAGCUUACUCGUUUGAAGUGAACGUUUGACUUUAUGAAUAUAGGUGUGAGGCCGAACCUACAUCAAACAAGGCACCUAAAGUUUAAGGGUUAAAGUUAUUUCUAUAAAAAUAUAAUCACACAGAUUUAUUUUAAUUUCAAUUUACUUUAAAGUCAAGUGUAAAAUAAUCAAGGUUUUUUUUCUUAGAUACAUAAGAUAAAGUACUCCAUUUCAUGAAUAAGGCUUGGCAUUACUAUGUUUAAAGACAGUUACGGUGGUAAAAAAAAAAAAAACACUAUUAUACAUAAUUAACACUAUUACUUUUUCCCUUAAAAUAUAUCGAAUUUGCGUAAUUUCGUUAAUAGAAACUAAAACGGCGAGUCAAAUUGUUUCAUAGCAUAUUAUUUUUACCAAUGUAUAACUAGCAAAGGUAAAUAAAUCAAAUAAAACUGUC